AAAAGAGGAGAUGAGGGCAGGGCUUGCCCAUCGGCACCAGCCUCCCCCGGCCCAUGAGCAGUGCCUAGCGGCCGGGCAGGGCGCGCUCUCCUCCCUCGCUGCUCUCUGGAUUAGCUGCUGCUCCCGGGAUUGCCGUCGCGGAAGAGCCUGAUGGCAGGAUCUUGUGAGCUCAGCAACAUCUUGUCCAACUACAUCAGCGCCAUGUACCAGCCGGAUGAGAUGCAGCCAACCUUGGACAUGCUGGGACACCUUGGGGAGGACAGCACCCUGGGGCUGAGCCUCCCCACCAGCCAGCCCCUGGCACAGGGCGCAGACAAACCGGAGUGGUUCAGUGAGCUCCCGUACUUCUGGACCAAGGUGCAGGUGCUGGAAUGGAUCAGCUACCACGUGGAGAAGAACAAGUACGAUGCCAGCUCCAUCGACUUCUCCUGCUGCAACAUGGACGGACACGCGCUCUGCCACUGCACCAGGGACCAGAUGCGCCUCAUCUUCGGGCCCCUGGGGGAUGAGCUCUAUGACCGCCUGCAUGAGAUCACCUCCGAGGAGCUGAACUGGAUCAUUGACUUACUGGAAAAAGAGGAUGCGACUUCCAAAGAGCCCUUCCUGGACGGCAGCCACCUGGAGCUGGGAAAUCCCUGUGCCAAGGACUCCCUGGAGGACAUGAAGCCCACAAACCCUUUCCUAUGCACAGACUUCACCUGCUUGCCUGAUGCCAUGUCCCCAGGCAGCUCCGAUGUCUCAGGACCCGUCAUGUCCCACAGCCCCAACUCCCAGGACUCCGGUGGAAGUGACCUUGAUCUUGACCCUGCAGAAGCAAAGCUCUUCCCUGAUGAUGGCUUUGCAGCGAGCAAGAAAGGGGACAGCAAACACGGCAAGAGGAAACGGGGACGGCCCCGAAAGCUCAGCAAGGAGAGCAGGGACUGCCUGGAGAGCAGAAAGAGCAAGCACUCCCCAAGAGGCACCCACCUGUGGGAGUUCAUCCGGGACAUCCUGAUCCACCCGGAGCUGAAUGAGGGGCUGAUGAAGUGGGAGGACCGGCAGGAGGGCAUCUUCAAGUUCCUGCGCUCGGAAGCCGUGGCUCAGCUCUGGGGUCAGAAGAAGAAGAACAGCAGCAUGACCUAUGAGAAGCUGAGCAGAGCCAUGCGGUAUUACUACAAACGGGAGAUCCUGGAGAGGGUGGAUGGGCGACGGCUGGUGUACAAGUUUGGGAAGAACUCCAGCGGCUGGAAGGAGGAGGAGGUGCUCAACAGGAGCAAGGAGCUGUAGGAGUCCUGGACGAGCUGUGGGGGCUGAGAAGCCCCAAGGGCCAGCCCCAAGGUGGGCUCCUUGGCAGGAGCCUUUGCCUGCAGCUGUAGCUGGGAGCUGCUGCCCCAUGCAGGGGGUGAAACUGUGACCCUUGGUGCGCAGGCUUGUGCCUGCUGGUGACUGUCGGCACUGGGGUGCCCAGCGCUGAUGCUCUGGCUGGGGCAGGUUGUUGUAAGCAGUUACAUCCCUCGCUGGAUUCACGCCUCCGAAACCGGACUCGCAGCGACUUUGGCUGCUCCCAAGCCUGGACAAAUGCAAACGGGAGACGUUCAAGAAGCAGCAGGCACCGCAGCGAGACUGCAGCAGCUCUCCUGCUGUCACCCACCUCCUGCCCAGGCAGAGCAGCACCACCUCCCCUGCCAUCAGACAGACCUCAUCCCAUCCCCAGGGCUCUCCCUCAUCCCUGCUCGCUCCAUGGCGAUGGCGCCCACCAUCCUGUUCGCUCCAUGUGGGAUGGGUGAGGCCCCCCUGUGCUGCAGCUUCUCGGUGUGGCACCUGCUGAGAGAAGAUGGGAACACUGUGGAGCUUCACCUGGCCCUGGCGUGCCCUCAGGGCAGAGAGGACUUGGGGGACAGGCAGCAGGACCACUCUGCACUUCCAUCCCUGCUGCCUGUAUCUAGAACCAGGCCUUUUCCCCAAAAAGUAGCUUCUAAUUUAUGUAAGACAAAAAGAAAAAACCC